CAACUACUAAAUCUUCCCUCCUCCUUUUAGCUGGUACCCUCCCCUUGAUCCCUCCUCACUUUCCAUAAGAGCAAGACCACAGCACGUGUAGCAACGACAAGCAGCUUCUUCUUGUUAGUAUCACAGCAUGAGAGGAGAGGAGAGGAGGAGCUCGGCGGGGCAGGUGAUGGAGGAUAUGGAGGCCAACAUGCCGUCGGGAAAUGGAAUAGUGGUGGGGGGGCUGAGUCCGCUCAGCGAGACGCUGUGGAGAGACAAGACCUGCACAGAGUUCAUGGGGGACGUGUCGGCGAGGCUCACCUGGAAGGACCUGACGGUGACGGUGACGCUCGGCAAGGGAGAGACGCACAAGGUCUUGGAGGGCUUAACUGGGUACGCCGAGCCUGGCACGCUCACUGCACUCAUGGGACCCUCCGGGUCCGGCAAGUCGACGCUCCUCGACGCGCUCGCGGGCCGCCUCGCCACCAACGCCUUCCUCUCGGGAGCAAUCCUUAUCAAUGGCCGUAAGACGAAGCUUUCCUUUGGAGCUGCGGCGUAUGUGACACAAGAUGAUAACUUGAUCGGCACGCUGACGGUGAGGGAGACGAUAUGGUACUCGGCACGACUCCGGCUGCCGGACAAGAUGCCGAGGGAGGAGAAGCGAGCGCUGGUGGAGAGCACGAUCAUGGAGAUGGGCCUCCAGGACUGUGCAGACACGGUGAUCGGAAACUGGCACCUGCGAGGAGUAAGUGGUGGCGAGAAGAGGAGAGUCAGCAUUGCUCUUGAGAUCCUGAUGCGACCCAGAUUGCUCUUCCUCGACGAGCCUACCAGUGGCCUUGAUAGUGCUUCGGCCUUCUUUGUGACGCAAACGCUACGAGGCCUGUCGAGGGACGGUCGGACUGUUAUCGCCUCCAUCCAUCAGCCAAGCAGCGAGGUCUUCGAGCUAUUCGACUCUCUGUAUUUGCUAUCAGGGGGCAGAACUGUUUACUUCGGGCAAGCUUCUGAGGCAUGCCAGUUCUUUGCACAAGCUGGGUUCCCUUGUCCAUCUCUGAGAAACCCAUCAGAUCAUUUCCUGAGGUGCGUAAACUCAGAUUUUGACAAGGUGAAAGCUACCCUGAAGGGAUCAGUCAAAUUGCGUUUUGAGAGAAGUGAUGAUCCCUUGGAGAGAACUACUACUGCCGAAGCAAUGAGAAGGCUGAUUGAGUUCUACAGUCGUUCCCAAUACUCUUACGCAGCCAGGCAGAAAGUGGAUGAGAUCUCUCGAAUUAAAGGCACAGUCUUGGAUUCAGGGGGCAGCCAGGCAAGCUUCUUGAUGCAGGCUUUGACUCUGACGAGGCGCUCAUUUGUCAACAUGUCGAGAGACUUUGGUUAUUACUGGUUGAGGCUCCUGAUUUAUAUUGUGGUCACCAUCUGCAUCGGAACUAUAUACCUGAAUGUCGGGACUGGAUACAGUGCGAUUCUGGCAAGGGGAGCAUGCGCUUCUUUCGUCUUUGGCUUCGUCACAUUCAUGUCUAUUGGAGGAUUCCCAUCAUUUGUGGAAGAUAUGAAGGUUUUCCAAAGAGAGCGGCUCAACGGACAUUAUGGCGUGUUAGCAUUUGUUAUCAGCAACACACUGUCUGCAAUGCCUUUUCUGAUCAUGAUAUCCUUUGCCUCUGGAACCAUAUGCUAUUUUAUGGUGAAACUUCAUCCAGGUUUCAUGCAUUACCUGUUCUUUGUGUUGUGCCUCUACGCCAGUGUGACUGUGGUUGAGAGCUUGAUGAUGGCCAUAGCCAGUGUCGUCCCCAAUUUUCUCAUGGGAAUCAUAAUAGGAGCUGGGAUUCAGGGAAUUUUUAUGCUAGUGUCUGGCUAUUUCAGACUCCCUAAUGAUAUUCCAAAACCAUUUUGGCGCUACCCAAUGACAUAUAUCAGCUUCGAUUACUGGUCACUGCAGGGCCAGUAUCAAAAUGACUUGAAAGGUCUUCUAUUUGACAAUCAGACACCAGACCUUCCAAAGAUCCCUGGAGAAUAUGUGCUCGAGAAUGUCUUCCAGAUCGACGUUAGUCGCUCAAAAUGGUGGGAUCUAUCUGUCCUCUACAGCAUGGUCAUAAUCUACCGGAUCAUCUUCUUCAUUAUGAUCAAAAUCAAUGAGGAUGUGACCCCAUGGAUUAGAGGAUACAUUGCUAGAAGAAGGAUGCAGCAGAAGACAAGUUUUGAGUGGCAACAUUCUUCAGCAGACCUCACUAACAGGACACCUUCCCUCAGAGGCUAUGUGGUUGAAGCAGAUUCUGGUUCCAGCAGCAACAAUUAGGCCAUCACAAAGCUUCACUGUGGAGUAUGUAGAAUACUUAAAAGUGAUCAUAUAUCAUGAUCUCUUCAACCAACAAUGGUGUGGAAUCAUGUUACCUACAUGUUCAUGGCAAUACAUGAAGUUAUAUUUUUCAUCAAA